CACCGGGCUGCUUUUCCUGCGGAGAGAAAGCGUCCAAGAGUGGGCAGACUGAGAGCUGAAUCGUGACACUUGGAAAAAGAGAAAAACGCUGAGAAAAGGAGGAGCGACGCCCACCGAGCAGCGUCUGGAGUGAGUGGUGACAUCAAAUGUGGAGCCUUCAAAAUACAAGCAGCUCGUGACACGCACGGUGAACUGAGAAACCCCGACACGAGGAGUAAAAACACACAUGUGGGUUUUUCUUUCUUUUCUUUUUUUUCGUCCCAAAUCAAAGUGAUGAGCAUACAGAUCGGGAGAGGAGCUUUGGAGCGCGGUGUGCGCAACAGAGCAUGAGUGCCACUGCGGACACGGAGUGCGCUGUGAGCAGCUGUGUUUAUUCCACGAGUAAAGUGUCUUUUUCCUGCAGCUCCAGCUGCUAAACACAUUUACCUUUGAAGGAAACUUUUCGUUCCGAUGGAAACUGUUUUGAUAGUUAUUAGGAUUUUUUUUUCCAUUCCUAAAACAACAACAAGUGUUGAGCUGAGGCGCGGAUGAAGCAACAGAUACGGAGCCGUGAAUCUUUCAUGUGCAUUGUGUGAGUAACAACUCCAAACUCUCCGCCACUCUCCUUAUCCGUGACCCUCCCAUCUUAGGGACGACUCAGCACAUUUGUGAUGAGGAUGUCCGCCGCUUGCGAGGAAGAUCUGAGGGUUCCGCGGACAGUAAAUUGAUUUUUUUCUCUGUCUUCCUCUCUCUCCCGUGUGUGGAGAAUGGCAGCUAAAAAUAUCCCGGAGAUGUUAGGAUGAACAGGUUGUUGUUGUUUAGCUGAAACUUAAAGACCCGCGGGAAGAUGCUCGGCUGUAGGACAUUUUAAUUCUCCUCACAGACAAAGUUCGACUGGAGCAGGAAAGAAAAAGAAAGGAUCCGUCAGUGCUGAUUUCUGUGGUUCAUUCCGACCUACGUAGAGAACAGAGAGCAACAGACGAGCUUGGAAGCAGCUUGUUGAUGGCACUGCGCACCGGGAGGACUUGGUUUGGGCAGGUCUUGCGCAGGGUCUCUCGGCUGCAAGGCUCCUGGUCCAGGCGCUCGAGCAGUCUCUUGUGUCUCUCCACUAACCAGGAGCAGGAUUUGGGCUUCUGCCACCGGGAUCACAACAAGGCGGGGGGCUCCAACUCCGGCGUUCACCGGAGCGCACCUUUCCGCGCCUCCGCCUCCAGGCGCUGUCCACACGGCUAUCCCCACGCUUGCUGCGUCUUCCCGGAGAAUCCGAGGGGACAUGAGCCCCUCGGUCGCCGGUUCCUGUUGGCCAUGAAGCGGCAAAACGUGCGGACCCUGUCCCUGAUCAUUUGCACGUUUACAUACCUGCUCGUCGGGGCCGCUGUCUUUGACGCCCUGGAGUCCGACUUCGAGAUGCGUGAAAAAGAGCAGCUGGAAGCCGAGGAGAAGCGUCUCCAGGGGAAAUAUAACAUCAGCGAGGAUGAUUACCGCAAACUGGAGAGCAUCAUCAUGGAGGCUGAGCCCCACAGAGCCGGGGUGCAGUGGAAAUUCGCAGGGUCAUUUUACUUUGCCAUCACGGUGAUAACCACCAUAGGCUACGGGCACGCGGCGCCAGGGACCGAUGCAGGAAAGGCCUUUUGCAUGUUUUACGCCGUCCUGGGAAUCCCUUUGACUCUUGUCAUGUUUCAAAGCCUGGGCGAGAGGAUGAACACUUUUGUCAAGUACCUUCUGAAACGCAUCAAGAAGUGCUGUGGCAUGCGCAUCACUGAUGUGUCCAUGGAGAACAUGGUGACGGUGGGAUUUUUCUCCUGCAUUGGCACGUUGUGCAUCGGGGCCGCUGCAUUCUCCCAUUAUGAGGACUGGAGCUUCUUCCAGUCUUACUAUUAUUGCUUCAUCACAUUAACAACUAUUGGCUUUGGGGACUUUGUGGCCCUUCAAAAGAAUCGGGCCCUCCAGAAGAAACCCCUUUAUGUGGCCUUUAGCUUCAUGUACAUCCUGGUGGGCCUUACGGUCAUCGGGGCCUUCCUCAAUCUAGUGGUGCUCCGUUUCCUGACUAUGAAUAGUGAGGAUGAGCGGCGGGAUGCCGAGGAACGGGCCUCACUCGCCGGCAAUCGGAACAGCAUGAUCAUCCACAUCCAAGAUGAAUCGCUGCACCGGGCACGGCGGCGACGGGAGCCAUACCACGCAGAAGUGACUGAUCUGCAGUCAGUGUGCUCCUGUAUGCACUAUCACUCGCAUGACAGCCCUAGUCCGGGGAUGGGAGGCCUGGGCUGUGCCUUUUCCCACAAGAACUCAUUCAGCUCACAGCUGAACCCCAACCAGUACUUUCACUCGGUUUCCUAUAGGAUCGAGGAGAUCUCGCCCAGCACCUUGAAAAACAGCUUCUUCCCUUCGCCCAUCAGCUCGGUGUCUCCAGGCCUUCACAGCUUCACAGACAAUCACCAGCUCAUGAGGAGAAGGAAAUCUAUCUAGACCCCAACAACCACAGGACCAUAAGUUUUAUACACAAGGUCAAACAUUUCCAAUGCUGCUCCUUUACCAAAUCUUAUUUCAGCACUUUUUCCCUCCAGUUUGGUUGUAUGUAAUCGAAGUAUUCUUGGGAAACUAUUCAAGAACAGCAGGCGCGGACACAAGGGGAUGCAAAGCAUGAAGCAUGGAUGUCUAUUUUUUCAAGAGAUUGCUCCAUUUAAGAACCAAACAACACAAACUGCAAGACUUUUCCUUAUUACAGAUUUACACUACAGAAAUUGAUAUAUUAACCUUUGGUUACAUACCAAAUGAUGCACACUGGGGGAAAUGCUAUUUUUCAAAGGGAGUUGUUUCACCAUAACUUGAAGCAGCAUUUAUCGUUAUGUAUGUUUCCAUUGCCUCACUGCAGACAGAGAAUUUAAAGUGACUUAAAGCAUCAGGUAUUGUUUUCUAUAAGCAAUCAUGUAUUUAAACGGAUUCACGACACAUCAAGCCAAAAUACUGUUGCCAAUAUUAGCAUGUGCAUUAGCUGUCAUUUAAUAGUAUGCCAUUGUUUUUGUGACAUUGUUUGCGUCUCUUUUCCAGAACAUUUGUGUGAAAGGCAUCUGUUUGUCUUUGAUCAGAAAGGAUCAUGCUGCUGUUAUUGAUAUUUCCUCCUGUUCUAGAAACAUCAGAUCUGGCCAUAAAAGCUUUAUUUUCACACACACACACACAAAAAUCCGUUCUUUUCCAUUUAGAGAGAUUUUCCACUUUUGGGGUCUAACGUACCCAGAGUCUGAUAAUGAUUUUUCCCUCCCGCUGACAUUCAUGCUAAAUAUGAGUUCAGUUAAAGUGCAGAGGCUUCUCUCUGCAUUCAUGAUUUUGCGCAGAUAAUUAGCAUUCAAAUAUGGUUAAAAAUGUUUUUAAAGGCAGGUUUUUGUAGUAGGAGUUGCCUUAAUGGAUAACAAUCCAGUGCAGCCACAAACUGUAUAACAAAUUGAUGAUUCAGCGCUUUGGCUUCCAGCCAUUUGGAGUGCACACAUAAAACUGAUUCUAAAAAAAUAUUGCUCAAUUUACUAAAGAUGCAGCACAAUUUCAGACUCUUAGUCUCUCAUAUGGCUCAAUACCCGGAAACAACUGACUCUUAUGUUUUCCAUAAUGAAACCUAUCUUUCAUUUGACCUCGAAUGGUGACUUUUUUACAAAUUCUAACGCUAAAACAUAAAAAUAAAAGUUACCCCUAAUAACAUCACUCUGACAUCAGCAGGGUUGUUUUUCUAUACCUCGAAAAGCUUCAUGAGCACCAUAAGAUCAUAGACUCUAAAUAGAAGAUGGGAAAAUUCACGAUGACAUCACCCUUUUUUUUUAAUGAGACAUCAGCAAUGUGCAAAGUAUACCUUGCUUUAUCAUUUGUUUUUCUAUAAAUGAAACCACAUUUGAUAAAAUAAUGAUCAUGUUAAACUAUUGAGAUCCUAAGCUCAAGACAACCUUUACUGAGAUCAUAAAUCAGCAGUAAGUUCAUUUUUACGUGAACUUCACAGAGUCCUUUUUGCAACCAGAGGAGUCAGCACCCCUGUUGAUAUUUGGAAGUAAUGGCCAGCUUUUAUUUUCAGUCUCUUAAUGGCAAGUAAACUGGAGCAUUAUGGGAAAUGUCGGUCACAACUAUCAAGAUGGGGAUCUAUGAGUUAAGCUGAGAAAAGAUCAUUUAUAGGAUGUUUGAAAAUCACAAAUUAAGUCAGAUUAAUGAAGCUGGCAUUACCGUGCCGUGAUGUUGAUGAGUGUAAGCGGACCCAGAGGGUGGAAUUUUUGAUAAGUGCAAUUAAAUUACUCCAUCUGAAUUUAGAAGCAGUGUAUGUUUAAUUACAGACACAUAUGAGCAUGCUCCAAAGCCCUGAAUAGUACAUGAUGCAUGCCUGUAGCAGCUAACCCUGAGCGUGCUUCUGAAACCUGCACAAAUGUAACCACGUAGGACUGAGAGCCCGAGUGCAAACAGUGACGGGGAGGCAUGCAGAUCUGAACUGACAACUCUUGAGAUUUGGAUACACUUUGGAGCCAUUAGGGAAACACGAGGUGAUAAACACAUCAACAAGGAGGGAAAAGCUGAAUAGUGAGAAUGAAUUAAUAGGAAGGGACAGCUCAAGAUUGUGAAUAAGGCAAGCUUGAUAACACCAGGAUGAUCCUUUCACUCUCAGCAAAAUAACGGUAGAAGAAAAUGGAGAGGGAGGAUUCUUUUGUUGUCGAAAGGCUGAUCUGAGGAAGUGCAUGAACUUCAAUGUAAUGAAUGGGCAGAUCGAUUUUUUCCAUUAUAACUAUGUUAAUUACAAACAAUUAAGAAUGAUUUACCAAAUAAUGAACAUUUCUUUUGAUAAAUCCCAGCAGUUAUUUACCUCACUUUAUGACUUUUAAUUCAAAAAAAGGAAAAAAAAAAGAUUUAAAUUUUCAAUGAAACCCCCUUUUUCUUGAUUUCCUGUAGGUGAUGAAUGCAAUCCAAGAAGUCCAAGCGCACAGGCCAAACAAACCGAUGUACAUAUCAAAUUCUCAUUUUGAAAUUUUCAGAGAAAUGCAACUUAGAAACAUCAUCUCCCUGACGCCUGUGUCUUGCCAUGAGGCUAAGAAAUACUUGAUUAACUCUGGAUGUUCAUGUUGAUUACCAGCCUGUUUUUAAGGUCCAAUUCACAUGUGUUUAAAUUUCCAUCAUGUAAAUUAGUCAGGAUUGAAAAUGCAUUUUAACAUGCAAAUGUAAAUUUAAGUGUAUAUUCUUUGUAAAGUAUGGAGCAGGAUGGCGAGAAUUGUUUUUUAAGUUGCACAGGCCUGGGAGCCUUUUUAUUCCCAUAGCAGGUUAUGUCAUGUAAAAAUCAAUGAAUACUCCUGGAAACCUGGUAAAACUUCUGCACUUUAACUUUCAAGUUAAAGCGUGACCUUCAGUAUUCUCUGCAGCCUUGUGUUUAACAGGCUUUUAUUAAUUUCCUGGGUAGCUGAGCAUGCCUCACAAGGUGAAUGCCAUUCUGUUUGGGCAAACGGUAAAAAGCUAUGGAUCCUAUUCAGUCGUGACAAACAUAGGCAUGGAGUCUAAGAGAAGCCCUAAAAGCAUUGUUUCAUUAUUGGAACUUUACUGGCUUUUAAACAUUUUGUACAGCAUAUUUAGAUAACAAUCUUUGGAAUAAAAAAAAAAAAGCCUUUUCAUGGCUGAGAUGCAUAUGUAUUUUUACACAUCAGCAUAUGUGCCUUGAAGAAACAGCAGUCAGUGUUUCUGUUAAAGUGGGCACAUUUCAACAGCAGAUCUGUUUGUACGUUACCAAAUCUAUUGUUAGACUAUAGCAGUCUGGCUUCGGGCUAACAAUAGAGCAGAUGCGGUUACAUAGAGACAGAUUUCAGUCCUGAUAAGUCGUAUGAUGAUAAGGAAAUCAACAUCUGAACCCCACCAUGCAGAGUCAGGCACUCACUCAUUGACAAAGCAGACUGAAUCACUUCCUAACUUUUAAAAGACACAAUCAUCUCAUAAUGGUUCAAAAGAUUAUUCUGGAGUAUAGCAGCUUGGGUAUCCUUCUCAUAAUGUUGGGUCGCUACUCCUCAGUAAUAGUAACACUGUGCUUUCAGAGAUAAUUGCUGAGCUUUGCCACAACCUCCCACAAUGAAGUCAGAUGGUGCAAGAAACACAAGGAGUGUGAUUAUUUGACAGGUUUAAAGGAUAUAACAUGGAAAGUUCAACAUAACCCACAACAGGCCACAACCACAGAAAACUUAUAGUAUUAAUUAAAAACACUACCCAUAGCCAAUGUUUCCCCUCAGCCUCCUAUAAGACACAACUAUGCUAGCAGUUUUUAGAAUCCUACGUCACCUUACUAUCAAGUUGUUGCAUUCACAAGAUUUUCAGAAAACUUGACGUCUGACUUUUGGGGUUGAGGUCACUGAGAUUCAGAUUCGGCUGAGAUUUUUUUUUAGUAAAUACACCUAUGGCAUCAAUUUUUACCUCAUUCACAAACUUAGGUGUUCACGCCAUCUGCUUGCCCACACAGCAGGGUAAUGACAAUACCCCAAAAGCCUUUUACGGCUAAGGGGUCAAUACUGACGCAAAGCUGAUACAGCCUAUUUUCGAAGCUGCAUCAGCUAUUUUUUGUGAACUUGAAAGAAUCAGCUGAAAUUAUCAACUUAAAACCAUAUUUAGCUAUGUUUGGUAGCAUGUGGGUACUUCAAUUAGCUAAUGCUGCAGCCACUCAGUGGUUAGAGAUGGCGACAUGACAAAUUGAUUGUGACUGUGUGCAACCAAGUCCGCGACCACUUGAAGUGAGAUGCCAUCUUUAAAGCGACCCUGAUGUAUCAGCAAUAACAUGGAGCUCUUGUUCUUGUUGCUAUCAGUCUGCAAUUGAAUGGGGUCAAGCUGGUAACUACAUACCAACAUCUGUUUGUGAUAAUAUGGAAAUAAACUGAUAAAAUGAUAAAUUGUCAUUUUACUGCAAAAUACAAAAUCGCCUUGUAACUGAAAGUGGCCCCCAGGCUAACACAGGUUAGGUAACCAGCUGGUUGCUGCAACUACUUUCAAUUGAUUGACAAACACAAUCACAGAGUAACCACCUAUUUUUCCUAGUCUCAAUUAGGGUGGCCUCAAUGAGGCGUCACUGAGCUAUAAGAGGCAAGCUAAAACACACAAACCCCGUAGUCAACGUUGAGAGUCAGGAGCGUCAGUUUUAAGCUAACAGCUACUUAAUAUCUUUGUACAUUACCAAUGAAAAAGGAUAUGUUGUGAGAAAGAUUCUCCAGUAAACAUGUUUAACAUUACAGUUGGAGUCAUGUAUAGAUCAAUAGAUCUACUGAUCUAUACAAAAGAACAAUAUUUACUCUUUCCCAAGAUAAAUAUGCAGCUCCCAAGGUUUCUUGGAUGUUAUCACCUGCUAGUUAAGAACUUUGCUUGCUGUUUGAUGCUUGGCAGAUAGAUUUCUAGCUAAAGAGCGUUGAGACAAGAGCAGGGCCAGAAAAUCAGCCAUCCAAAAUGCACAAACAAACUUAGCUUAGGGUGAUGAUGAUUCAUGAUUCUUACUCCAAGUCCCCCGUUUUCUUUUUGUGGUUGUUGUUGUUUUCCCCCAUUUUACUUAGUCAUAUAAUCCCAAUCAACCAAGGAAGCGGAUGAUGGAAUUCCAGCUUAAUGUCACAAAAAUAUAUAAGGUCAGAUAGUGAGACAGCUGUAUGCAUCAUUGAUUUUGAUCUCUUUGGGGGAUUUGUUGAUAAUAUGAAACCUUAAUAAAGCUCAAGGUUAUCUGAAUGUACUUGAAGAGUACACUGAAGAGAAAACAACUGUUCUUUUUGGACUUUGUUGUUGAGACGUUUCAGUGCUUCCUCCUCUCACCUGUUACUCUGAGAAUGCAGUACACCAGAAUGAUCGUUACCAUUAUCGAGAUCUAUCAUUACCAGAACACUGAUAGGGUUAACCAAAUAUCUACGCUCACUAAGUGAUCAGUGGCAUCUGCUUUGCUUCCACUUUCACAGUAAAACCUUUCCAAGCAGCAUUUCUGGGGAAUGUAUCAGCCAUAAUGGAUCAUUUUAUUUUUUUUAAACUUUUGAAUGGAAGAAGCAAACAAAUUAACUCUUUUAAUCUUCAUGAGCUGCAAGUCAGAUCGUUUUUCAUCCCCCUCCCACACGCGUUCAUAUUACUCUGAUUUUUCAACCACCACGUCACAUGUCACGCUGAUGGUCCUCGACUGAAUGUUACUCUGUAACAGAUGCAGACGGCACGGAGAAACAGCCGCACACGCCAUUGCUCUCACCAGACAAACACGGCUGCAUAUUGUCUUCUGCCACGUGGGGUCAUACGAUAUGGAGGUGAUUUGAUUCCCGUUGGUCAUUGGCUGCUGCUUCUUUUUACGGCAUCCCGUAUGUGGCCAUGCUUGGCUUCCAGGUGUUCCUUACUGCAUGUGGCAGUAUGUGCAGGCCAUUUCUCUGUCAACAGUGCCAUGUUUAUCUACGACAGGGACAAAGAGACACAAAUUGCACUACUAUCUGUGUAAUAAUAGAAAGUGUGUUCCAUAACUUCUAUUUGUGAAAUAUCCUUUGCAAUAGGUUCUUCUGUAGGUCUGAUGAACAAAAAAAUACCAUGUACCAUAUUCCUUACAGGAGAUUAUAGCCCAUCUUGCUGGUAAUCAUGUGGUUUGAGGCCACUGACGUCCUCUGUUGCAAUUUUGAAACUGAUGUCUGUACAGUGCUCUCUGGUGUGGCUCUCUUUUCAACAUUUAGAGAAGAGAUCGUUGAGAUUUGUUCAGAGUGCAAUGAACAUUUUACAUAACAUUUUACAUUUGUAUGUUUUCUUUUUUCUUUCUUUCCUUUUUUUUUUUGGUGAGUGUGUGUGCAUGAUUUGGUGUGGGUGACUCACUGGGUUUGAACAGCCUGGGUGAAGCCAUAACACACUUGAAUAAAAAUGAUGAGCCUCCUUCUGAAAGCCUCUGUCUUCUUGUAAGUGCUUAACAUCUCCAACUUUGAAGUCAUUUUACCAAAAUCCAAGAAGAGUUUUUCAUUUCGAGAACAAAAUCCAGUCCGGGGAGUUUCAUUGUUACAUAUUCAUUAAACAGCUGCAGGCAAGUUUAUCAAACUCAUUUGUGAUCAGUUUUUCUCAAAAUUUAUAACAUGUUGUUGAUUUAUCUUUUAAGAGAAAGUUUAGAGAAGGUUCUAAGCCGGAAGCAACUAAAACCCCCAAAGUAUUUGGUUAAAAAAGUUAAAAAUUAAAACUAUGAAGAGAGAGGUCUUAAGUACUUGGGUGGUCAGGCAAGGAUCAGAGCAAAUCUCAGCUGCAGGAGAAAAUAAAUGAUAAUUGUAUGCAAACCAAAUCACCAUGCCCGUGCUUAAAAUAUUUAAGUUUUACUUUAUUUCCGUAAGUGUCCAUGUUAAAGGGAUUAUAUUAACCUAUUGAGAAAUAUGCUCAUUCAGUUUCUUCCUGAUGAGAUUAUUGAUAUCACUUCCAGGACUGCUUAAAGCAGAAUAAUAGCUUAAUUUAUUAUAAAAACUAAAACCAUGGGGAAAAACUAGCCUUCCAAAUUUGUGCAUUUUAGAAAACAAAUGAGUUGAAACAAAGAUACUUAGCAAGAAUAUUUAAGGUUAUGUGCUUUUUUAUUGAGAUUUAGAGGUGUUCCGAGGUCAGCUUUGCAUAGAGCCUAACUGGCUAUUUGACAUUGUUUCCAGUUCCUAUGACAAGAAAGCAAAAAAGGACACUGCAAUGAAAAGAUGAUGGUGAUUUCCAUUCUUCAGUCAUUCAUGUUUGGUGGUAUGGUUUUGCUUUAGGUUAGACACAUGUGAGGGACCAAGCAGCAAAAGCAUAGAAGACACAGGAAACAUGUCUUCAGAAAUGGGCUUUUAAAAUUUUUUUUAACCCCCACAAUAAGUUCAGAAAGACAAAGUUCAAAAUAUAAUUAGUAGACCCAUAAAAGAGGUCAACUAAAUAUAACUCUAAUAAAAAAGUAACUUCCAGAAGCUUAAACAAACAAAGUAGACACAACUUAACUGGCAACCUAACCUAAACACAAAGACACAGGAGGGUCACCUUUGUAGUGGUUUGGCCAAACCAUUUACGCACAAUAGGGGGAAACAAAAACAAACACCAAUCCUAACUAAGCACAAAAUAACAUAACUAAAUCUAAAACACCCCUGUUUCUAACAAGCACGUGGUUGGGCCGAAACAAACCAGGAUAAUAUAACAGAAACAUUUGGUUCUAUGUGAUUACUGGCUAGUUUCUGUUGGCAGCCUAGAUGCUGCAUCCUGGACCAGUUGACAACCAAGAGAGGACUGAGAAAUACAAAAGACAAAUAUGUGUCUUGUCAAGACGGGAGAAAAUUGAAGUGCGCACUCAAAUUUCCAGUUUCAAAAUUCAGACAGUAGUCAAAAAUAACACCAAGAUUCUUUAUAGAGAACAAAAGCCUCAGUUUUAUCAGAGUUGAGUUCGAGGAAAUUUAAACACUUCCAAUUAGUGAUAGCAUAAAAACAUGAGCUGAGGUAGGAGAAGCUGUUGAGAUGGUAGGAAAUUCCUUUAAAACUGUAAAGUAUAUCACCCAAAGACAACAUAUAUAUAGGUAACAGAAUGGUGUCCAAGGACUGAGCCUUGAGGGACUCCACAAAGGAAAAGUCACAUUUGUUUAAAUAUAAAUUCUGAACUGUCUGUCAGAUAAGUACGAUGAAAACUAUUUAAGAGCCAGAGACGCCUGGGACUUAACUUUUUAGUAAGUUUAGUCCUCUGUACAUGACACAGUAAUAAGGUACAGCUUGUAAGCAUUCAAUUUUAUGUUAUGAAGGAUUUCUGGUAGUCGCCACCUUCUUCUCUGUGAGUGGCUCAUGUGGUGCAGCUGGAUGUUUAGUAGGUGGGAGAAUGAACAAACAUCCCUUUUUAUCCUCUUCCCACACCGUAGUAAUUAUACUGUCAGCCCUGAACGUCAGGCAACACAGAGGGCGACACAAUAAGAACAGUGGCAGAGGGGCGUUGAGGCCUUCUCUUGGCGGUAAGCCUGUAAUUUUGCAUCUCAAAUAAUCAUGUAAGCAGAGCCAAGUUGUUCUGCAGUGGUACCAACUCCACCACACCAAUAAUAUGAUGCAAUAAGCAGGUGCUGACAUUUCGUUUUUAGGGGAGGGAUGCAAGAGAACAAGACAAUGGAGAACAGGAGAUUUUUAAAAAAAAAAUGAUGAUUGAGUCUGUCUGUACAUUUGAUGGUUCAACUAAUCUCACACAAGUCUCAUCCAUUUAGGAAAAGUCUGCUUCUAAAUACAGUGAAUGAGGCUGAUGUCGGAGCAAUAGAGCUAAAAUUUAAACCAAGCUGCAAAAGGAGGGUGAUUACGAUCUGCAAAUAUUCGGGCAGGCAGCACACAGCACAUCAUUGUCUUUUCUUGAUUGUCUCAAGAUAUUUAGACUGAAAAAGAGAAGAAUUACAUGUGAUGUGAAGAGAAAUGGGAUUAAAGUGUAAUUCCAGUGAAGAUUGAUAAUAUAGCAGACAUGUCUACACAGCACCUUCAGCGCCCCUUUCUUAAGGUAAUGCAAAGGUUACAAAUCAUGCAGUAAAUUUCAUUUUC